AUGACAGGCCCAGAUCUCCCCAAAUGGCUCCCCCCUAACGCACCUGCCCCUGCUCGCCGCAACUCACCAGUCCGGGACUGGAUAACCUGGAGAUCAUGGAGGACUUGUGCGGUGGAUCUGUUGAAUCUCCCAAGAGAGAUGAACACCCACGACAUCUACGACGCUUUCCACCGGUACGGAAAUCUGAUCUCCAUCGACCUUUGGGAGGACGCCUCGGGGCGUCCGGAUUGCAAAGGACGUAUUCGGUUUAAGCCCCCUCCAACUGAGGAGUUCUGGAGAACCGGCUCCUUCGGUGUGAAGCUACGGAGUGGCCGUGUGGCAGUGAUAGCACUCUCUGUCUGUUGUGGUGACUCGAACGGGACCAUCCAGAGCCCAGUCCGUCCAGAUGUCCAGCUCCCUGGUGAAGUGGAAUUGAAAACUGUACAAGUCGACAUCGGUGUGCUGCUAGGUCUGUCCACUUUUCAUUCCAUGCAGAGCCUUACCAACUUGGCAUACCCCAGAUGUGUUGUGGAUGUCAUGCGCAAGUGCUUGUUCCUUUACUUCAGAGUGGGCAUUCGGGGUUCGGACACUGCAGAUGUAAACCAUCAUGACUAUCGUGUCAAAAUCACAUUCCUCCAACUGACCCAGAUUUACCAACAAUACGACAAAGCCACGAGAGAACAUUCCUUUUUGAUUGUCCUCGACUCCGCUGCCAUCUGGCACCGAAAAGCCAAAGACAUCCAGUCUACACUGACAGAGCCGUUGAGCUGGAGAGAAGAGGAUAGUUGGUAUCGCCAGACUUCCGUCACACAUAACCCGAACUCGCUAAAGACUCUACCCACAAAUUUGAAGAAGGCCGGACAUAUCAUUGACUUGGGGCGAUGGAACGUGUUCAAGAUCUCGUUUGCACCUGACGUGGACCCCAAUAUGCGUCGUGUCGACGAUACCAGUCACUAUUUGAUGUGUGUUGAAGAAAUUUUCAAGGACUAUAACAUCACCAUCCAAGAUGGGAGUCACUUCGUCGAGAACGCCGACCGACCGGUACCAGUGUGGCAUUGGAUUGACUUUUCUGAGUCCAAGUCCAACAAGGCUUCCGCAUUGCUGCAAGACAUGGGAAACCAGAACUAUCUACACCUCCCCUUCAAGGUCCGGUAUCAACUAGAGGUUUGUUUGUCCCAAGGAUACCUCUCUGAAUUUACCAUGACCCGUGAAUUCGUAGAGAAGCUGAAAGGCCUCGGGGAUGAUCAAGCUACAAGACUGCUAGAGUUCGUUGCCACCGAGAAAAAACAGUACCUUGCCCCCAUGGAAAUUUUUGACCUCACAUUCUUCAAAGGAGUGACUGACUCGAGGAUUCCGAACUACUGUUGCUUCAUGCGCACAGCACGAGUCACUCCAACUACAAUUUAUUACAAUACCCCAACUGUAGACAUCUCAAACCGAGUCGUGCGCGAAUGGUCUACAAAAGGUGCACCUGGGCGUUUUCUUCGAGUUCGGUUUACAGAUGAGAAGACUGAAGGUCGUAUCAAUGCUUCACAGAGAGAUUGCAACGAUGAAAUCUACACCCGUGUCAAAAGGACACUGGCCAACGGCAUCGCCAUUGGAGAUCGCCGCUACGAGUUCCUCGCAUUCGGCAACUCUCAGUUCCGCGAGCAUGGGCAUACUUCGUUGCACCAGAUGCCGGUAUCUCAGCGGGAACUAUCCGGGCCUGGAUGGGACAAUUCAACCAUAUUCGAAAUGUGGCCAAGUACGCUGCAAGCUAGGCCAAUGCUUUUUUCGACCACCCGAGCUUUCACUGGAUCCUCUGUUCAAACUAUUCCGUGCGAUGACAUUAUCCGCAACGGCUUCACAUUCUCCGAUGGUGUUGGAAAGAUUUCCAAAUUCCUCGCCCAGAUGGUCACAUCCCAGCACGAUAUCAAGACUCUCACUGGAGAACCUCCGUCAGCUUUCCAGUUUCGUCUUGGGGGAGCCAAGGGCAUGCUGGUUGUCUCGCCAGACCCUCUGCCUCAGGAGGUACACAUUCGACCAAGUCAGCAAAAGUUUGAAACCAGUCAAGCCGGCUUGGAGAUCAUCCGUUGGUCCCAGUAUUCUCUCGCAACUUUAAACCGCCAGAUAAUUCUAGUGCUUUCUGCAUUGGGAAUCCCAGAUGAAGUCUUCCAUAGCAAACUCAAUACCAUGUUGGGGAGCUUCCAUCGAGCCAUGCUCAAUGAUUCAAAAGCAAUCAAUCUUCUCCAAAAGUACAUCGAUCCAAACCAAACGACCCUAACCUUAGCCCAGAUGGUAUCUGAUGGCUUCCGACGAAAUGAGGAGCCGUUUGUCAAUACCAUGCUCGAGCUCUGGAAAUCCUGGCAUCUCAAGCACCUCAAAGAGAAAGCAAAAAUUGCCAUAGACCAAGGAGCCAACGUUCUCGGUGUCAUGGACGAGACAGGUGUUUUGAAGGGCUACUUUAAGACAGAAUUACCCCGCAGAAGACCCUCGUAUGCAGAGAAACUGGCCGCUCUUCCUGAGAUAUUUGUGCAGACCUGCCGGCCAGAUGGAAAUGGCGAGUAUGAAGUCAUUGAAGGUCUCUGCAUUCUCGCGCGCAACCCUUCGCUUCACCCUGGAGAUAUCCGUGUGGUUCGAGCAGUGAACCGACCAGAGCUGCACGCACUCCGGGACGUGGUUGUACUUCCCCAAACUGGCGACCAGGACAUUGCGAGUAUGUGCUCUGGGGGUGAUCUCGACGGUGAUGACUACCUCGUUAUUUGGGACCCCGAUCUGAUCCCCGCAAACUGGUUCGUCGAAUGCAUGGACUACAAGGGUUCCAAAGCGCCAGACCUUGAUCAUGAUGUGACUGUUGAUGAGAUCACUUCAUUCUUCGUCACCUAUAUGAAGAAUGACUGCCUUCCCCGAAUUGCGCACGCUCAUUUAGCUUGGGCUGACAGACUCCCGAAGGGCGUGUGGGAAGAUAAGUGCAUUCGUCUCGCCCAACUUCAUUCUGAUGCAGUGGACUAUAACAAGAGCGGUGCGCAUGCGAGGAUGGCCCGCUCUCUGGAUCCCAAGUUCUGGCCCCAUUUCAUGGAAAAGCGGUUCAAGAGACCAUCCAGCAUUUACAAGUCCACCAAAAUCCUCGGUCAACUCUACGACGCAGUGAUAACGCCUGACUUCGUUCCCAAGCUAGAGAAGCCCUUCGACUCUCGCAUUUUGGAAUCCCCGCUGGCUCCGGCAAGUGAGGCCUAUAUGGAAUACGCCCGUGAGCUCAAGGCGGAAUUCGACAUGAACAUGCGACAAAUCAUGGCUCAGUACGAGAUUAAUACUGAGUUUGAGCUGUGGUCAACUUUUGUGCUUCGCCACGGCUUCGUAGUCAAGGACUACAAGAUGCAGGAAGACCUAGGCAGGAUCGUGGGCACACUCCGCCGCGGAUUUCGCCACCAGUGCUACGACAAAGUCGGGCGCGAUGGUGGGAACAUCCCUGCCUUGGUCAUUGCCAUGUAUCGUGUUACCCAGGAACAGGUAGCCGCAGCACUGGAAGCUCGGCGCAAUGAGGCACUGCAGAGAGAAGAUUUUUCCAUUGUUGAAGUGAACUCUACUGAGCUUCCGCUCAUUAGCUUCCCUUGGAUUUUUCCCGACGUCCUCGGUGAAGUUGCGACGGGCCGGGCGCGACAGGCUAUGAUCUCAGAAGUACAAGAGAGCGGCGAUUCUGUGAAGCCUAUCGGCGAGGGUUUGGUCUUCACUCACAAGCAGAUCCUCAAGAUUGUUGAAGAUAUGGAUGGGGACAUCAAAUCGAACGCUGAGAACAUGAAGCUGAAGGAUAAGGAGAAUACGAAGCCGAAGGCUGAGGCGGGCUCUAACUCCGCACCUCUCGAUGAAGAACUCAUUGCUCGUCGGCGCAUUGACAAAACCAAGCCCAAACACAAAUCCGAAGACAGGGAUACGGGUUUGUAUGUCGAGGAGGAUGAUGAGAAGGAGGGAGGCGUGGCUAUAGGCCCUGCGAAAACUGAAGAGAAGAUCAGCAAGAAAGAGGCUGUAACGGAGGAUAUUGUGGAAAUGGAGGGCGACGUGAAGCCUUCAGCGCUUGACGAUCUGAUCAAAAUGAUCAGCGGCUGA